CAAAUUGCAAUUUAAUUAUUUAUUUUUUAAUGUUCUGUGUUUUGCUAAUUUUUGCGCGCGAUUGCUCAUGAUUAGGAAAUAAAAGAAUAAAUCUAAAUCAGUAGAACAAAAUUUACCUUACAUUAUUUUUUAAGAAAAACUUUAUAAUAGCCUAGCUGUUGUAGGAAGGUUUUUGUCCAAAAUGCAUUUAGGUGUAAACGUAUCUAAUGCAUUACAACAACUUGAAAGUGUAAAAGCUGCUGUAGACCAAAGUGAUGAUCCAAAAUUGAAGGCAGCUACAAACGAUGAUCUAAAUCUUCUUAUAAAUCUUCUAGAAAGCCCAAUACUCAAGAGUAUUGUUACAUUACAUGAUUCAGUUGGCAUGUUGGCUACACAAGUUGCUCACCAUCCCUCAAUCUUACCUGGAGACUUUGAUAUCACUCCAGCUGGUGAUUUGGCUCUCCAAGCCCGGAACUUGUAUGGAGGUCAAGAGGGAGAAGAGGAACAGAGAGUCCCACAAGUGUCACCACCACACAGCUUGGAGUUUGGCUCCGGAUCUGAAACUGAAAGAAUUUUGGGCUUGGAUAAUGGAUCAGUAGACUCCAGUAUGUCUCCUAAACAGAAUAGGGGUUUAGUUGAUAUGGCAAGAAACGACGACUCAAUAGCCUCAGCAUCUACUAACAUAGUUGCCGGAGAUUGGGCUCAGGUUGAAAUUAUUAAUUUAGUUAAUGACGGCACAGGACUAGGAUUUGGCAUUAUUGGUGCAAGAACAAGUGGAGUUAUAGUGAAAACUAUAUUAGCUGGGGGCGUAGCCGACAGGGAUGGAAGGUUGAAAUCUGGUGACCAUAUCCUACAGAUUGGCGAUGUGAGCCUGAUGGAGAUGGGUUCGGAGCAAGUGGCGGGCGUGCUGCGCGCGUCGGGCUCGCGCGUGCGUCUGGUGGUCGCUCGGGCCGUCGACCCCGCCGCGCUGCACGCGUCCAACGCACCUGUUAUACCUGCUAGGCUUCUAUCUAGUCCCGAAGCGUUGGACCGUUAUCUGAUGGAGGCGGGCUUUGAACAGGUGUUCCACACUCAGCCAACACUCCCACCCAACAACGCGCCCUCGAGAUUCGUGUUCGACAGCACUAUAACUCCGCCACCGGAGACCGAUCCAGAAUCACCAGAGGUCGAUAGAUUCACUGUACAAUUGAAGAAAGAUGAAAAUGGUUUAGGCAUCACCAUCGCAGGUUACGUGUGCGAGAAGGAGGAGUUAUCGGGCAUCUUCGUGAAGUCCGUGACGCCGGGCAGCGCGGCGGCCGCGAGCGGCGCGGUGCGGGUCAACGACCGCAUCGUCGCCGUCGACGGCGUCUCGCUGGCGGGCAAGUCCAACCAGCGAGCGGUUGACGCGCUCAAACAGAGCGGCGCUGUUGUGACGCUGCAACUUGAGAGAUACCUCCGCGGGCCGAAGUACGAGCAGCUGCAGCAGGCGAUCGCGGCGGGCGAGGGGGCGGUAGCGGGGGUGGCGGGGGCGGCGCCGCACAACCCCUUCCUGCACAUGCACCGCCCUGACGUCACAGACGACGGCAUACAGAUGACGCCGAUUAAUACCAAUAUUGAAAACAACACUGAAGAGGUAGAGGAGUCGCCCCCGCGGACGCCGGCGCCGCCGCCAUUCGAGAUGCCGCGCACGCAGGAACAAAAAGAUGCCAUCAAGAGAAAGUGGCAAUCCAUUUUAGGUGAGGAUGUGGAGAUCGUGGUGGGCGUGGUCGUACGUGGCGGAGGCGGGCUCGGCAUCUCCCUGGAGGGUACUGUCGAUGUGGAGGGCGGGCGGGAGGUGCGCCCCCACCACUACGUGCGCUCCGUCCUGCCCGAAGGACCGGUGGGCAGGGCGGGCGUCCACCGCCCUGGAGAUGAGCUGCUAGAGGUGAACGGUCACCGACUGCUGGGCAUGAACCACCUGGAGGUGGUGUCUAUCCUCAAGGAGUUGUCGAGCGAGGUGUGCAUGGUGUGCGCUCGCCCGCGCCCCGCCCCUCCCGCGCCGCUGGCCCCGCCCACACUCGAUCUCGCCCCGCCCGCGCCUACACUCGUCAAGGCGAAGUCGGACGGCAGCCUGGCGGGCGCGGGCGCGGAGGAGGGCGGGGCGCUGGGCGCGGGCGGCAAGGUGCGCUCGCGCAGCCUCGAGCCCCUCACCGGCCUUGCCAUGUGGUCCUCCGAGCCGCAGAUCAUUGAACUGGUGAAGGGCGAGCGCGGUCUGGGCUUCUCGAUCCUGGACUACCAGGACCCGUUGCGGCCGGCGCACACGCUCGUCGUCAUCCGCUCGCUCGUGCCGGGGGGCGUGGCGCAGCAAGAUGGCCGCCUCAUACCCGGCGACCGCCUGCUGUUCGUCAACGAUCAGAAUCUGGAGAACGCGAGCCUGGAGCAGGCGGUGGGCGCGCUGAAAGGUGCGCCGCGGGGCGUGGUGCGGAUAGGCGUGGCCAAGCCGCUGCCGCUCGCGGACGCGCCGCCCCCGCUGCCCGCUACCGCCCCGCCCACUAACGACCAUUAGGUACACACUUUUCCCUUCCAGCGGCCCGAUUCCGAAGCCUCGAAUGUCAUUUCGAGUGCAGAAAUAGCUAGGCUGAGUAAGAUAGCCUGCGAUCGAAACGAUCUCGACUCUUGAGCGUCGGGUCUCAGACGAUUUCUUUCUUUUAUUACGUAAUGCAAUCAUUUAUUUCUGGACAAAUUGGAUAUAAUAUUACUAUACUGUUAAAAUAUACAAACAGCAUUGUAGAUAGAUAAUUUAAAUUUAUAACCGAUGCUGAAAUUACCAUGAGUCUUUUGACGAACCGUGUGGUAUAAUAUUGACUCUGUGAGUAUUUUAGAAACCUUUCUGUUAAUGUUUUUUCAAUUAGAAAUCUUAACAAAUCACAAUUAUACUCUACAUGUUUGUUGUCAGUUUUUAAUUUACUACUAGCUAUUUGACUGA